UUUAGUGGGAUCUUCAAUUAUUGAUUCAGUUUUCAGUGAAAACAUCAUAAAUUUUGAUGACUUAUUAUCACUUCUUUGAUCUAAUGGUUUCAUCCCAUCGUGCUCAAACUCAGACCGCAACAGCAAUGAAUUUACUUGGGGAAAUCACUGCAUUAAUUCAUAUAUUCAAAAAGAUUUAAAGAACAGAAUAUUCGCCAAAAUCACUUUUUACUCAAAGAACUACUGAACUACGGUCUUUGUCCGUGACCCAUUCCUCUAUGAACCCCAGGAAGAGUAUUUGCACCGGAGUACGAGUUAAAGUUUGCGCCUUUAAGCCUUUCAGUACGGAUUUGUUGUUUGCAGGGCUUAAUUAAUUUGAUUAUGUUUUUUUCUUAAACUGCAUUUACCGUCGUUAAUAGUAUCAUAAUCGAGGAAAAAAGUUUUUCCUUCUAUGGUCGACAAGAAGAGAGCCGAGUAGUGGUUAUUACUUAUUAGGGACUUUUGUGCAUAAUUUGACAAGCGAGUUAAUUGUUCAAAAACUUAUAGAAAGUGUGCUGUGAAGUGGUUCAAUGGACCAAGAUCUGGAGUCCGAGUCAAAUCUUCCAUCUGGAUCAAUUGAUAAGUCCAGGGUUUUGGAUUUGAAGCCGUUAAAAUGUCUUGUCCCGGUAUUCCCAACCGCACCUGGUAUGUCAUCUCUCUCAAGUCCCCAGCCAGUACCCUUUAUGUGUGUUCCACCUACUGGUCCUUUCCCUAGUGGGGUCCAACCAUUUUACCCAUUCGUGAUUCCAAGUGCUUCUCAACACACCACAUCAAGUGUUCCCAACCAAGGAGGGGAUUUCAGUUUUGGGACCCAUAUGCAGUCUCCUGUUCCAUUGAAUUCCUUUAGAACUCCGAUAAACCCAGCGAAAGGGCGAAUGGAGCAAUCUAAUAGGACUGCUACUUAUGCAUCAGGAAGUGUAUCUAUAGAAGAUGGGUAUGCUGAUUCUCAGAACCUGAGUGAUGUGGAGAAUGCUAGCAAUUCAGGGAAACGAAAGGGUCGGCCAAGGAAGAAAAGAGACAGCAAUGGUGACAAUGUUGUUGAAAUGAUAGUUAAUAACCUUGUUACUUCAUUUAAGCUUAACGAAUUGGAUGAUUUUAGAAGAACCAGUGGUAACAAGGAGGUAGCUGGUACCAUACUCUUGGUAUUUGAUUUGGUCAGGAGAAGGCUUACCCAAAUUGAAGAAGCAUCUCAGGUGAUUUCUAAACAUCCGAACCUGACGGCUGGUACAGUUUUGAUGGCCAAAGGUGUUCGGACAAAUAGCGCAAAGAGGAUCGGUCAUGUACCUGGAGUUGAAGUGGGCGAUAUUUUCUUCUUUAGAAUGGAGCUGUGUAUAGUGGGGUUACAUGCUCCAAUUAUGGCUGGGAUAGAUUAUAUGAGUGUCAAACUUACCAUGAAUGAAGAAACUUUAGCUGUCAGCAUCGUCUCGUCUGGAGGAUAUGAUGAUCAGGGCGGUGAUGGAAAUGUGUUGAUUUACACUGGCCAGGGCGGAGUGCAGAGGAAAGAUGGGCAAGUGUUUGAUCAGAAACUUGAAAGAGGGAAUCUUGCUUUGGAAAGGAGUCUGCAUAAGGCGAGUGAGGUAAGAGUAAUACGGGGUGUGAAGGAUGUUAGCAGUUUGAAUGGGAAGAUCUAUGUUUAUGACGGCCUUUACAAAAUUGAGGAGUCAUGGAUAGAAAAAAAUAAGUCAGGAUGUAAUGUUUUCAAAUACAAAUUGAUUAGAAAACCCGGGCAAUCUGAAGCAUUUACGUUGUGGAAAUCAAUUCAGCAGUGGAAGAAUGGAAAUGCCUCAAGGAGCGGGUUCAUUCUUCGUGAUAUAACCUCAGGUGCAGAGAGUCUGCCAGUCUCUCUUGUGAAUGAAGUUGAUGAUGAAAAGGGACCCGCUUACUUCACAUACAAUCCUAUACUCAAAUACUCAAAGCCUUUUUCCGCUCCUAAGCCUUUUCCAGGCUGUCAUUGCCCGAAUGGAUGUCAACCAAGCAGUAGUAGCUGCCCUUGCAGCCAGAGAAAUGGGGGAUAUCUCCCAUAUACAUCACUAGGGGUCCUAAUGUCUUGCAACUCCUUGAUACACGAGUGUGGCCCUACCUGUGCGUGUCCUCCUAACUGCAGGAACCGAAUAUCCCAGGCAGGUCUGAAGGUAUGUUUGGAAGUUUUUAAAACGAAGAAUAGAGGAUGGGGACUUAGGUCCUGGGAUCCAAUCCGGGCAGGUGGAUUUAUUUGUGAGUAUGCAGGGGAUGUCAUCGAUGCAUCUAGGAUAGGUGAUUUCGGGGAUGAAAAUGAAGAUAAUUAUAUUUUCGAUUCGACUCGCAAUUAUGAACCAUUGGGAUCUGUGCACGAUGAUUCUAAUGGUUCUGUAAAAGUCCCCUUCCCCCUCAUUAUAAAUGCAAAAAAUAAUGGCAACGUAGCUCGUUUCAUGAAUCAUAGUUGUUCACCAAAUGUGUUUUGGCAGCCAGUUUUACGUGAAAGUAAUAGUGAUGCCCACGUCCAUAUUGCUUUUUUCGCCAUCCGACAUAUUCCUCCAAUGCAAGAGCUAACAUAUGAUUAUGGGAUGGUUUCAUCUGAUAAAGGAAUCCAUGGAAGAAAAAAGUGCUCCUGUGGGUCGGUGAAAUGCAGAGGCUACUUCUAUUGAUUGUCAAUGCCAGGUACAAUGAUGGGUGGAUCUCGAUACUUGAUGCCUCUUGCAAAAGAUGUGCGGUAUGUUGAUGAGUUCUCGUUACGGUGGUGUUUUUGCGCAUGGUUCUUCGAAUUCAUUCAGGCUGUCUAUCUUGAUCCGACCCUUUGACCAGUUUGGUCCCUUUGAAACUUGAAGGACUAAUUUAAGAUUCAAAGCAGAACACACAUACUGAAAGAAGUUGCCCUUCUGUUUCUUUACGGAAAAUUUUCGAUGAACUUGUAACAAUUGAUAUCCAGAUUUGAUGUUCAUAACAAAGAUCCCUCCUAUCUCUAUUCAUAUUGAAAGUCAAAUUCGAGAAUGUAGGUGUAUUUCAUGAUCCUUGAUAUGGACCCUGUAAAUUUGUAAUCUGAAUGGUCUAAUUAAAUGCUUUUGCA